AGACGCGUGUCGAUGGCUGGGAAAUCAGGCACCAGGAUUCGUUAACUCUGUGGAUCGCGCCCCGCGAGUUGGUGAACCCAGCAUACUCUCUUUACCGCAAUGUAUCCUGAUGGCAAAACUUUGGGUUCUAGGACUUUGUAUAUUUUUCUGCAAGAAUGGUAUUGUAUCAGCCCCGAGAUCCCGAUCUCAAUUUUCAACGGGUUCAUGGUUGGUCUUUGCGCCAUCAGCUCCUGCCCCAUGUACAUCAUUCGCUUGAUUGAGAGCGCACGAGAAAAAGCGAGGUUUGCGAAAGAGGUGAAAGAGAGAUUGAGACAGAUUCCACAAUCAUGUAUCAAUGGUGUCGAAGCUUUGCCGGUAGAGCUGUGGAGUCAGGUCAUUGGAUUCCUUGUGGACCCCUGUUUGCAGCACAAAGAGCUGCAAUGUGAUGGCCUACAUACAGUGCUAGAUCUGAGGUUCGUGUGUCAUGCCUUUGAUAACGAGAUACAGCGGGUGUUGCAUCGGCAACUAAGUAUGUCCCAAAUCCCAUACCGAUAUUUCCUGGUACAUGACAUACAUAGGAGAUCAAGCUUGGAUCCCACCUUGCGCGAUGCUCUUCUCGCAUCGGCAUUGUACCGCGAAACGCAGCUUUAUCCUGGAGACCGCCCAGCACAGCUCAUGGCAUACCGCAUCAAGAACUGUGUCCUCAUCGCCCAGCAUCUAUCAGCCGACUACAGCGUGCAAAACGAGCAGUUGCUGUACAAGAAGCUUUGCACCGUUGUUUCUGCAUCGCCCUGUUGCUGGAACUACAUCUUCACUCUCCGGUACAGUAACGGCGAUGCCUUCGUGCAUUGUGUCGACCACAGUGGUGCAUUUCCAAGGGAGCAGGAUAUUCUCCUAGAAGUCUCCCUGCUAUUGGUUAUUGGAUAUCAACUCGCAGACGUCAGGCGAUGGAUGCUGAGGCUGGGCAGAUUGAGCAUGUUGGUUGGCUAUAGGGAACAUGCUGUUGACUCCAAGCGUCCUGGCCGAGCGUUGGCUGGUAGGUCGGAUCUAUGGCCCUUGAGCGCCCAGGUGCAUGUGCAAUAUGAGAUUGCUAGUUGGGCAGAGGAGGCGUUCGAGGAAAGUGCAAGAGCAUCGGAAGAAGCGCUUGACCGGGAAAUCGACGACGAGUUUAGAGAUUUAGAAAGACGAUUCAACAUCUAGUUUUCGGAGGCUCUGCGGCUUUGCAGGCAUGUGGAAGCGGGACCCAGCCACCGUAGCCGAAGCGUACCUGGCGCGCACAUGUGCGGGAUGAUGCGGGGUAGCAAGUCAAGGGAGAUUGCGGGCAGACAGUCGCACACAAGAUGAGGUCAUGGCGGCAGCCAUAAAAGCGUAGUAUUACCAUCAAAGACAUGUGCAGUGAAAGAAAAUCAUCGUGCAGCCUGUCGCGCUGGCGCUGCAAGACAUUUCCGUGCGGAUGGCGGAUAUGUACUGCCUCGGUUGACGGCGGUCUAUCCAUCCUCCCGAAUUCUGCGAGCCGAGCCAUGU